AUGAAGCCAUCAUUAUCAGCGAGAUCACUCAAUGGCCAAGGCAGCUGUUACAAGGAGGUGCGAUUCUCUCCUACGGCAACUCCCAUCAUCCGUCGUGCGCAGUCAUUACCGGGUACGAACCCCUCACAAUCGCUUGGCAGCCAGAGUGAUACAUCAACACCGGGUGCAAAUUACGUCGACCAGGCCCGAUCGCUCCUGGAUCGUCAACGAACAAAUUUCGAGCACGAGAGAGCUCUCUUCGCGGAAGAGAGGCGGCUAUGGGAGCAAGAGCGGGCGUUACUUAAACUCAAGAUCUCUGAACUAGAAUCUCUACUGAAGGGCAAGGGGGUCACCGCUCCGGUGGCUGGUUCGACAUCACAGUCUGACGGCCCGGUAACGCAUUUGUCCAAUUUCCGGACCUCAUUUGGUGCACCAUCGUCAACGACUGUAUCGAGCAGCAGCAACUCCCAGGUGUGGGAGGGGUCUAGCCCUGGGACUCGACCCACAAGGGUUUUUCCCGACUCGGAGAAAUCAGACAGUCAGAGUGCAUUGCCGGAGCAAGGAACCAGACUAUCGACGGCAUCCCUUGACGCUGCUCUAUCGCCCAAUUUUCAUGCGACUGACGCAACUGCGAGUGCCACCGUGUCUGUGCCAAUUGAAAAGCUCGACAGUAAGCUGGAUGGCAUCACGCUAAAAUCAACUGCACUACCUCCUGAGAUAUUCGCCCGCGUGAUGACGCCCCCAUCUCCUCUAUCUCGAGAGACAUCUCCACCCCCAGGGGCUUACAAGGCUGAAAACAAGUCCUGUCUGAAGCUGAGGCUCUCGGAGUUGGGGCCACCGGAGCGUAACCUCGUUAGGGAUGCUGGACACACUCCUAUGGCCGUAAUUGACCAAGAUAUGGACACAGAGCAGCCCACCCCGCGUGAAGACCCCUCCAAGAAGGAUGAGCCCCUUGCUCCCAAGGCGCUUCGGCAGCCUGCAGAAAACUCCGAUUCGUAUUUCGCCGAUCUGCCAGAUGAUCCGGCCCUGAAGGGGCCCCUCUCCCUGGUGAACGACGAGGAGCACGACAGUGACUUCCUGAGGGAACUGAACCAAAAACUCCUUGACGAGGCGAGGCACAUACUAAGGCCGUCCGAAGCAGCUGGGGCGACGAGGGAGAGAGAAGCUGAUGCUGAGGUUUCUAGUCCCGGGGAGCAGGAUCCCGAGCUUAAAUUCAAAAGCACCACUAAUUUUGGCACUGCAUUUGGGGAUCCUGAAUUGGAGAGGUAUUUAGCAAGACGGUCCUUUUUGACAUAG